AUGCACCCUUUCUCGUCCCUGACUAUUGGCAUCUUCGUUGCCGGAUAUAUCACUGCGCGUUGGGAUCUGGUAACCAGGCUCUACGAAUUAUCCCUCUUUGCUUGGGAUCACGGUGUAUUUGCGCGGGCAGCGAAAGGCUUCGGUAUCAUCACUUUCACCUAUUUCCUUAUCGCCAUUCCUCUGGAUAGGCUUGCUGCGCACGAAGAGACGGUUGUGAGUAAGGCUGCACGUGGAGAUACAACGAAAGCUGAGUAA